CGCUUUCCCCGGACCCAUCGCCGCUCCUAGACCUUGCUGCGGGCUCGGAUCUUGCCGGGAAAAUGUCUGAUGAAUUUUCGAUCAGUAAGACAUGCCUUUUCUGUAUUGCAGUUGGCAGAUGCACUACCUGACCACUCCCCUGCCAAAACUUCUGCUGUGAGCAAUACAAAACCUAGCCAACCUCCUCAAAGCUGGCCAGGUUCCAACCCUUGGAAUAACCCAAGUGCUCCGCCUUCUGUGCCAUCUGGACUCCCACCAAGUGCAACACCCUCCACUGUGCCUUUCGGACCAGCACCAGCAGGAAUGUAUCCCUCUGUGCCUCCCACUGGACCACCUCCAGGACCCCCAGGACCCUUUCCUCCUUCUGGACCAUCAUGCCCCCCACCUGGUGGUCCUUAUCCAGCCCCAGCUGUGCCAGGUCCUGGCCCCACAGGGCCAUAUCCUACACCAAAUAUGCCCUUUCCAGAGCUUCCUCGACCAUAUGGUGCUCCCACUGAUCCAGUUGCAGCUGGUCCUUUAGGUCCAUGGGGAUCCAUGUCUUCUGGACCUUGGGCACCAGGAAUGGGAGGGCAGUAUCCUACACCUAAUAUGCCAUACCCAUCUCCAGGGCCAUAUCCCGCACCUCCUCCUCCCCAAGCACCAGGGGCAGCACCACCUGUUCCAUGGGGCACUGUUCCCCCAGGCGCCUGGGGACCACCAGCACCAUAUCCUGCCCCUGCAGGAUCAUAUCCCACACCAGGACUCUAUCCCACUCCCAAUAAUCCUUUUCAAGUGCCUUCAGGACCUUCUGGUGCUCCACCAAUGCCUGGUGGCCCCCAUUCCUACCAUUAAGUUAAUGGAUGAAGAGAUGACGCUUUGCUUUUUGAAGUACAUAUAUAUGCACAUGAAUGCAUAUAUAAAAAUUGCUGGUUUCACUAUUAGAGGGCAUUCACGAAAACAACUCUUGCACCUCUCAGAAGAUAUCUGCCUCUUGUACUUGGAUGUAUAAUAUAUCGGAUGGAUACAAUCAGAUAAAAAUGUAAAAGUAAAUCAUUCAAAUGUGAUUUUUAUUCAGUUUUUAUGGAAAGUUAAAAUAAGUAUAUUGAAUAGCUCUUUGAUAUAAUUUGUUUAAAACAAAUUUUGGAUUUGUUUAAAUUAUGAAACUACAGACUUAAAAAUCUAAGAUGAUGUAUGUAUUAUUGUUAGAAUCUGCAACCUCAUUGGCAAAUUAUUUCAAGUAUUUUUCUAUAAUCACAUUUUCCCUAAGUGAACACACUUUGAAAUACUCAUUGUCAUAAUUUAAACAAAUGAUGCCUCUCAACAUCUUGAGCUGCUCUAUCUAUAGAAUAAAUAAAACUAGUCCUCUUGAGGUUAUGUUUUGAAUAUACAUUUUAAAACUGGCAGUAAGUAUUGUCAGAUGUUGAGUUUAUUAGGCAGUGUUCGUUUUUAUACUUGAGAUUUUAGUAACAGCUUUCAUUUUGAGUUCCACCUGAUUUGUUUUACUUUUAGCCAAAUGGGUCAGACAGCUCUAAAAUCUGCCAUUUAUGGAAACUUUUCUUUUUAAUGCAGGCCAACAUGUAUGUAAAGUAUGCUCUUAAAGAAUUAGUGAUCUCUGUAUUGCCGUAGAAUAGAUUGAAAUGUCCAUAUUGCUUUGGGAAGAGCUCAAGGAAGGAAAUAAUUCUCUCCUUUGUCUUGAACCUCAAACUAGAGGAAACAUUGGGAGUUGCUUCAUAGUGAAAGUAAUUUGCAUUCUCACAAAUCACUCUUCCCCCCAGACCCUUCCUUGUAGGCCCUUCUCCCUCAGUUCUUUAGGAGCACAUCCCUUAAUUCCUCCCUGAUACGGAAAACUGGCACACUCUAGGGGUCUGUCAUAAACACAUAUAGCAGUUGUUUAAAGAACCUUAGUCACACAGGCAUGACUGUUCUCUUUGUAGAAGUGUGAUCAAAAUAUGUAUCUGUCUUUCAGAGUCUGGUUAAGCUAUGUCAUUGUCUAUUGCAUAGUUUCCUGGAUCUGUUUGUAAAGUGCUUAUGGCUAACAGUUCAGUUCUGUAUUUGUUGACAGGUAAAUAGGUAGAAUUAAGUGCCAUCCUUAAAAAUUAUCCUCUUACUUUGACACUGAAAAUAAUAAAGUAUAGAUCUCUGCAAUUGAGUUUAAAGAAGUGUGACUGUAUUACUUAAAUGUGUUGUUUGUAACCACCAAAAUAGUCUGAGUAGUUUUUUGGCACCUUAUCUUUAAAUCAGAUUCUUAAUUUUGGGAUAGAACUGAUCGUGUUAUUUGUGAAAUAACAUUUUGAAACUUUUAAUAUAUCCAUUGGGUUACUAAAAUGUAUUGUGAAUUUCUUCACCAUUAUAGGAUAGAUUGAUUUAUGCUAGAAUUUUUGGUUUUGCUUAGAAAUAAAGUAUUUAGUAGUUUAUUUUUCUUAUAGUUAAAAUGUCAAGAAUGCCAAAUACUGCCAAUUUAAUGGUCAGUAGCUACCUCCUUUUAAGAAAGCAAGAUGGCCACCUUUGGGAGAAACAUUCAGUGUUGAAACCUCCCUUUUAAGUAGGUGAUAGAUUCAGGCUUCCAGAAUUGAAAGUAAUUUGUUUAGAUAUUUUCAGACUGGUGAAUGUUGUUACACAGUUCUUGCAUAGUGGCACAUGUGGUCUUUUUAUCUUUCACUUCCUUGCAAGGCCAGGUGGCAGCCAUUUACAACACUUUUUGGAACUCUGUUGUCAAAGUAGCCUCCAAUUUUCAAGGCAAGUAGCCUUAGGUGUUAUAUCUUAAAUUAUCAGUCAUCAUCAUGUCAGCUAACUUUGGAGGCAUAAGAUGAGAGGAAAAGUGAGAUGGCAGCGAAGAUCUCUCCUUAUGCUUAUUUUGGUUGUCCUGCAUUAGGAUUAAGUUGAUAACUCUGGCUUUAGAUGUAAUAUUUAAUGUAACACCAGAAAGGAUAAUGUUUGACUAAAAGAUGGGGUAGCAAGUUUGGGAGUCUAAUUGAGGAGCCUGUUUAUUAUUGGAGAAAAUCUUUUGUUAAAGGAUUUGAAGGACCAUGAACACAAGAUUUGGAAUUACUAUUCCCAAUAAGUAUAUUAACUUUGCUAGUGACCCAUACUGCUCAGUGUGCCCUAGACAAUACUGCUAUUUUUAACCUUUGCUUUUCAAGGACUUUUUUUUUUUUUUUUUAAUGGAAAAAUGGAAAUCAAAGGGAACAGAAUUUGCUGUUAUAUUUGUAAUUCUUUAGAGCAUCAUUUCUCAAAUCGGGAGAGGUGUCUCAAUUCUCAAGGGUACUCUAGGCAAAAAGUAUUUUUAGGUUCAGGGUGGAGUUAAGAAAAUCAGAAGUUUCAAUGGGGGAAGCAUCUAAGGAAGAUUUCUUUUCUCUUUAUAAGGGAAUAAUUUGCUUUAAAAAAUAAGUCAUGCGAGGCUGAGUUUAUUGAAGACUACUUGUUACCAAGUAUGUUUAGUCUUAAGGGAAUGUAAAGUAUGAAAUAUGCUGGUAUUUGAACUUCAAGAGCAAGAAUUUCAAAAUAAGUUUGGUGGAGAUAGUUGAGAUGCGUUGAAGAAUAUAGACUUUGAAAUGUUGAACCUAAAAAAUGACAAUGAAAAAUUAAAAUAUAGACCUUAUAUUCACAUUCAGUUCUCAAGAAUCAAGGCACCUUAAAGAAGUUUAAUAACUUGGCUUGUCUUUAUUGGACUCAGCCUGACACCUUUUCAAGCCUGAGAUGGCUGUUUGCAGCUCUCACUCCACAGCCCUGUUUUGUGUAAAGCUAUGUAUUGAUUAUGCAGGAGCAGGCAUGACUUUUUUUUUUAACAUCUCUAUUUGCAGCCAUCACUGGGGCCAUUUCUUGCUGCUUGUUUGCUGGCCUGCUCUUCCAGCAGCAUGGCACGGCACAAGGUCUUGAUGACAUCUUGCAGCGCUGAGAAGUGCUUGGCUUGCUGGGCCAGGGCAGACUCUGCCUUGUUCACAAAGGUCUCCAGAUCGUAGUCUGGCUUCUUGGUCAUCUUUGAGAGCUCAAGCCAGCCUGGCCCUUGCUGUAUAACCCUGAGCUCUUCCAUGACCCUCCUCCAGCUCCCUGAUCUGAGUCAUGGCUUCAUUAAAGGUGAACAUCUGGAAAGACAGUUCCUCUUCCUUAGAAACAUUGCCUGUGAUCAAGGACCCAUGAAAGCUGGCUUCUCUCUCUUCUGUUUCCAUUUGAGUUGGCUGCUCCUCACUGGGCCUACUCUGGGGGCUCAGCUCCUUGACCCUGUCUGAGUAUCUUAGUGUAUUUAAAGUGCAUUCACAGGAGCUCAUGCCUGGUGAGAGCAUGGCAAUCCAUGGCUUGGCGCCAGCUGGAAAGAGUAACAAGACAUUUUUAAUUACCCAAGGGCCUCCUCCCUUUGUCCAUUUUACUGUUUAUUGUUUUCAGUAGAGAAUAGUAAUAGGGCAGAGAAGAAGGGUGAAUUUUUGGCCUUGGUUGGUCACACCACUACAAUGGAAUAUUAGAAUAUUUUCUAGGAAAGAAGUCAGUUGUGCCCAUAUUUUACCUCAUAAAUAAUUAGUGCUACCUAUUGUACUCAGAUGUACAGCUUUCGAAACUAUGUGUAGAUGAACAUAGCUCUACUCAAAGUUUCAAUAAAAAUACUGUGCCUAGUUUUCCUAUAAAUCAAUUGCCUACACUUUUAAAUGAUUAGUGCCAUGUCUUCCUUCCUCACCCUGAAUGAUCUAGUGCUAGCUUUAUUAAAAUGCCACGGUUACAAACCCUGGGAGUUAAACCUGAGCACAGACCUUCCAGUGUUAACGUUUUUUGAAAAGCAGAAGGCUAAAUUCAGAUGAAUCACACUGAUACACUGCGCUAUGCAUAGAAAGUGGUGGGUGGCUUUCAGGGAAGACUAUAAUUUAAUCCUAAUAGAGCAAUAUUUAGUAUGAAGACACUGUUCUGUUUAUUUUCAGAAUUCUGCCAAGUAAAACAAAAAUUGCCAAUAAAAUAAUCAGUAUUAAAGAAAUGCUAUGCGAGCUUCUGGCUGUAGAAUAUUUCUGAGAACUACAUUCAUUCAACAGACACUUAAAUGUCUGUGAUCUAGGUGCUUUGCCAGAUGCCAGAGAUUAAAGAGAGUGCCUGACCUUUAGAGGUUCCCAGUCUAGAGGGGGCAUUAUAGAAUUCAUUAGUAUACCCAUUAUUAGUUUAACCUGGAAAAACAUAUUUUGGUGUUCCUGCUGGUGGAAAUUAUAGACCAGCCUUUGGGCAUUUUAAAGAGCAAAAUAUGCUAUACCUUUUUUUUUUUAAGUAAGAAAUGAAUGUUUUCCAGGAUUGUAGUCUUGUCAUUAUAACUUUUCAAACAUGCAAAGUAAUGGGAUGUUUUCCUUUUUACUUUUCCCCUGGAUAAAGGCACUUUCACUGCCUGUCAUUGAUUAGCAGAUACUGAUUUGUUGCCAUUAAGUAAACUUGAUUUCUUUGUGCUCUAUAAAGGUUUUUUGUAUUUUUUCUUGAUAUUGUUAUUUUUUCAUUGAGUUAAUAAUGACGAAUUUAAUGUAUGUAAUUGUCUAUGCAUUUUAAGUUAAACUGCCUAAAAUGUGAUUUGAGACAUAUACAUUUGUUUGUAUUAUGAACUGUAAGCAAUCUGUUUGAGACGUUAGGUUUUAUCACCUGCUGCUGUAUUUGUAAACAAAGAUAAAUGUUGCUUUAAGAAGUAAUUAUAAUUAGGACUAGUCUGUGGAUGUGAUACUUGAUAUUUUUAAAGAUAAACUUGUUUGCUUUUGUGUAUUAUACCUGAAAACUUUUUAAAAAUGUA